UUUUGAUAUCCCCAAACAUAGCUCUUCUCACGAACCUCUGAACCAGGAAACUCACGCAGACAUCUACCCCUGAGAUCCCAGCUAUUCCGCAUCUUGCCAUGUCUCUUGUUUAGAUACUGCAAGCCAAUCGACGGAAACAAUGACAAUGUCUAACAAUUCAUCCCUGCCCUGGGCAGACUGCGAUACAGGCUUCCUCGACAGCGACGGCAUAGCCAUCCGCAAAUGCAGCACAGAAUUCCUCAGCACAUUGUGCACGGCAUACAUGGACUGUAUCGCAGACGACAAGAUUCACGUCCAGGACAGCAGCGCGAACCAGCUAUUCGAGCGCGUGAUGGACGAGCUUCGACGACUGUCAUCAUCCCCAACCCUCUUCCCAUCAACAGAGACACAGACCCGCUUCUGGUCUCUCCUAACCCACGCAAUUGAUACCCAGGUCACCGCCGCGCAGUCGAAAAUAGAUGAAGAGAUGAGAGCCGAUUUCCUCAUGCGGGCCAAUCUGCUUGCGAGGGAGGAAGAUAGAUUGUUACAAUCCCUCAAUCGCCCAACGUUUGCGGCUCCCCUAUCACUUCCAUUGGACAUGAUUUCUAAAAUUAGCCCUAUCAGUGUGCCGAACUCCCUUCCUCUGGACUCGAGUAUGAACAUACAUGGAUCGCUCUAGCUCCCAACAUAUACUUCGAUGUAAGUAUCCGCCCGUCCUACUUGCAUUCCCGUCCGGCCCUCAGCGUUUUUACACACACAUAUGGAGAAGGAAAGUUCAGUCGUUCGAAAAACAAAACCAAAAAGGUACGGACAACUUAUUUACUUUUCUAUUUGUUUGUUUGGCAGAAAUAUAGCGCGUUAUCCAGGGAGGCCAACGUUACUGAUCGCUUGGAGAAUUUGAGCUCAUGGACUAGCAGGGCGCGUGCUGGGAUUAAAGCGACGUAUUAUCAUUCUCGGAAUCAAGUUGUUGGCUUCCAAGUUGUCCUAUACAUGUGAACUAUCUAAACGCAUGCACAUCCCAUGGAACAAUGGAAAUGGAACUAGG